AUGGAUUUGCAGACAGUUUCAGUUGCUUACGCCUACGAUGGCAAUUCCUUCUUUGUGACGGGUUUCAACGUCUCAACAGGGAACCAAAUCCGCAGGAUAGGCACGAGGGUAUCAACAUGUGCACAACAAGCUAUUGUUGAGGGAUUCCAGUAUCUCUGGGAUAAAGAAUUGCUAUCCCAAAGUGUCUCUAUCCUAUGGAGGACAGAGUAUGAUAAUGCCACCCUAGCUGGCGUCUCCAGCACAGCCUUAUGCCUCCUUUGUUUCCAGAACUUCGAGACGCCGUUAUGCUCCCCAGCUGCCCUUAACGAAGAUCAUCGCGGUCCACCAAAGACGGAUGUUACAGGGUUUCGUCUCAAAGGUGGAUUUCUUUUACCACCAGAUGGAGUGGGCUACUGCGGGGCUGAGGAGGAGACCACUCCCUCGCCUCAACAGUGGGUUCUCGAGGAGAAGCUCACCGAGGAUUUCCAAAGCAUCACUAACUGUGAACUUGAGUUGGGUGGUGGACCUUCCUUCGCCGUGUUCAAGUACCUCUGCUACAGUGCGAUAGAUAGUAGCAAGAAGGCAUUCAUAAGAAUUUACUUUCAGAUUUCCAACCCCGGAACAGAGUUCCAGCUCCCCCGGCUUCGAUAA